AUGCAAUUCUUCAUGGACAGGCGCUUUCAAAGCAUGGUUGUAAUUGCAGGUGUUGACAACUGUCAAACGGGAAAGAAGGAAUGUGAUCCAAACGCCAGCUGUAUCAAUUUGAGUACCGUAAUCAACGAAUGUGACAUAAAAUGGAUGAACGACUGCUCUCCCUUCGCUACGUGUGUAGAUACCGAAGAAGGCCAUUACUGUCAGUGCCAAAGCGACUACAUCGACGUAUCCUCACGGUACAACAUGAAGCCGGGUAGAAAGUGUGUCACCUCAACGAACGAAUGCGCCGAUGCACGAGACAAUUCCUGUGACCCAGAGGCGCACUGCAUAGACACACCGGAAGCGUACAUCUGUACGUGUCCAGAAGGUUAUCGGGAUGUGUCAAGCAACGCAAAUCUGCCUCCUGGUCGAGUGUGCACCCUACAGACCGUCUGCCCCGCGCAGCCAACCGACCUCAUAUUUUUGAUCGACGGAUCAGGAAGCAUCGGAUCUGAGGUGUUCAAGACGAUCAUUCUGAAGUUCAUUCAAGAGUUUAUAACGCUCUUUAACGUGUCCUCUGAUCAGACCAGAAUUGGCGUCAUUCAGUACAGUGACGAAAUUCAAUCCGAAUUCUAUUUGUACAGCUACAACACCCCGGACGCAGUUCGCCACGCCAUUAGUAUGAUCAAUAGCGAACACGGUUCACGACCGUCCAACAAAAGCAUCAGUCGAGUUGCGAUCGUCAUCACGGACGGUCGGGCUCAGGACAACGUGCUUGCACCUGCAAAUGAGGCUCGCAGCCACGGCAUAUCACUGUUUUCCGUGGGAGUCACUGGCCACGUACUCGAAUCGGAGUUGGAACAGAUCGCUGGUAGCAAAGACCGUUACGUGGUGGUCGGGAGGUUUGCUGACCUUAACACCAGGCUACGGGCGCUGAUCCAAAAAGAGAUAUGCAAGGAGGAGGCCCCUCCGAAGGAAAAGGUUUUGACUUGCAGCACUAGCCAGACAGACCAAGAAAAUCCCUGUGAUCGAUCGAGGAACGAGGUGUGCAUUAAUGGCGCCUGUGGUUGUGGUCCAGGAUUUUGCUUCGACAACAUCACCGGAGAAUGUGGUAGGCUGACAGCAAACAAUAUACAUGUGCAAAUUAUAGUGCCGUUCUCAACCGGUCGUACAUGUGACAAAGGUUUCGAAGAGAACCCUGAAACCAACAGAUGCGAACUGGCCGGCAGCUUCUGCAAGCCCGCAUGCGAUCAAAGGAAAAAGGAAAAAUGCCUGCCGGAUGUAAAAAACAAAGGAAACCUGAAAUGUCAAUGUCCAAAGAACUUUGUUCGCGAUCCCGUCACUCAGAUAUGUACCAUCGACGAAUGUGCGUACCAAAUCCACAACUGCUCCCAAUUCGCCACGUGCACUGACACCUUCGACGGGUUUCUGUGCACCUGCUGGGAAAACUACAUCGACCGAAGCGAAGACCCGGUCAACCUGCCUGGCAGAGUGUGUGUACAAAAACGUAAGUCGGUCGCCUGUAGACAGGCAUUCGGUUUGGCAAGUGCACCACAGAUAUUGCACAACGCAUUUUCAGGUAUAAACCCAUGCGAAGAGAGCAACCGAACCUGCUCUCCGGACGCCGACUGCUAUCCGACGGCGAUGGGCGGCUACAUCUGUGCCUGCAGGGAGGGAUUCUUGGACAUGUCGCCAAACGUACAGCAAGCGCCAGGGCAGAUCUGUCAGCCAAAGAUCAAUGAAUGCGAAUCACAUCUGGACGAUUGUUCUAAAAAUGCCGAUUGCACCGACACCGACACCGGGUAUAUCUGCCGCUGCAAAGCCGGCUACAAAGAUCUGAUGGCCAAUCAACUUCCCGGAAGGAAAUGCGUCAUGGGUAAGUCAACAACGAAAAUAUUGGUUAGUUCUUAUCAGUGGCAGACCGGAAGCAUAUGCACUCCUAAAUUGACAAAGUGUAUCCAACUAAAAUAUUCAUUCCGGAUGAAUGAUAUUUCUUUGACUUUUAAUUUUCCUAGCGAUAAGUUGUUGCCACCGUCGUCUGAGAUUAACCGGGCUCACACUGACCCGGCUCAGGUUGUGUUUACUGACGACUUUAGGCUUUGACU